CACUGGGCAGGAAACAUGUUAAUGUAAAUAUGUAAACAAUCGAGAGUGAAUUGCAUGUGCGUACAAACAUUUAUCAGAUUUCUAUCCUAUUUACUUACUUAUAACAGAGCACGUUACGAAAUACUUAUUUAAUUCGAGUCAAUCAUCCUUCACAGACACAACGAAUAAUAUUUUAUUACACUUAAAUUUACACACAAAUUAAACUGAAUAAAAUUGUCAUGGAUCCUGGACGGAACCAUUUUUUAAUUCUGAUAUCAUUACUGUUAAUAAGUGUUAUUUCAUUUUCUAAUUGUGAAGAUGGGGAUGGCAAACGGGUGUCCAACAGACCCAAAUAUACGGAACUUAGGCGACCAACCAAGGUAACAACGACUGCAAAACCGGAGGACGAAGUUGUUGACGAAGAAGAGUCGGAGGAAAAUGCUCGCCCUUUUCGUGGACAGGAUAGUCCAUCAAAAGAUAGCGAAAUUCAACCCCCAUCAGUAAAUGGGAAAAAAAAAGAGUACGUGGAAUACGUUAGACCAGGAGCUACCCCGAGGCCUAGGACUCGCAAAACAACCACCACGACCCCUGCACCCUCAGAGGAGGAAGAAGAUGAAAAACCUGACGUAAAUGCUCGGCCCGACGGAUGCAGCAAAUGCCGGUUUUAUUGCAAGCACUGCAAAGGAGCUGAAGAAGUGACUUCUGGAGGUGUUUGGGGAUGCUGCAACCACAAUUGUUGUGGAGGAAGGUGCGCUUGCCAAAAGUUUUAGAAAUUGUUUCAUAAAGUCAAAAUGAAUCUAAAAUUUGAAUCCCAAUUAAUCCUCGAUAACUAAAAGUUUGAAUAAACAAUUACCAGGGUCAAAAUUUACCUUAA